AUAGUCAUUCUUUGCUUGUAUUAGUGAGACCUGUUUCAAGUGCAGAAUAUCACUCUGACUUAAGAAAAUCCAAAUCAACACCGCAAGGAGAUACCAAAUUACACCCAUUAGGAUGGCUGUUAUACACACACACACACACACACACACCCCAAAGUGGCAGAUGUCGCCGAGGAUGUGGAGAAAUUGGAAGUCUCGUGCACUGUUGGUGGGAAUGCAAACUGGUGCAGCCACUCUGGGAAACAGUAGGGAGAUUCCUCAUAGUGUGAACAAUAGAAGUACCGUAUGAUCCAGCAAUUUUGCACUUGGAAUAGACCCGAAAGAAUUGAAAGCAGAGUCUCAGAGAGCUAUUUGCACACGUGUGUUCAUAGCAGCGUUCUUCACAACGGCCAAAAGAUAGAAGCAACCCGAGCGUCUACCGACAGAUGAAUGAAUCGACAAAAUGUGCUCCGUAUGUGCAAUGGAAUAUUUUUCAGCCUUUAAAAAGGAAGGAAAUUCUGACGCACGCCACCACAUGGUUGGCUGGAGUUGUCUUCCUUGGAGUCGGACUGUGGGCAUGGAGCGAAAAGGGGGUGCUGUCCGACCUCACCAAAGUGACCCGGCUGCACGGAAUCGACCCUGUCGUGCUGGUCCUGAUGGUGGGCGUGGUGAUGUUCACGCUGGGGUUCGCUGGCUGCGUGGGGGCCCUGCGGGAGAACAUCUGCCUGCUCAAGUUUUUCUGUGGCACCAUCGUGCUCAUCUUCUUCCUGGAGCUGGCCGUGGCCGUGUUGGCCUUCCUCUUCCAGGACUGGGUGCGGGACCGGUUCCGGGAGUUCUUCGAGAGCAACAUCAGAUCCUACCGGGACGACAUUGACCUGCAGAACCUCAUUGACUCCCUGCAGAAAGCUAACCAGUGCUGCGGUGCCUAUGGCCCUGAAGACUGGGACCUCAACGUCUAUUUCAAUUGCAGCGGCGCCAGCUACAGCCGCGAGAAGUGUGGGGUGCCCUUCUCCUGCUGCGUGCCGGACCCUGCGCAAAAAGUUGUGAACACGCAGUGCGGAUAUGAUGUCAGGACCCAGCUGAAGAGCAAGUGGGACGAGUCCAUCUUCACAAAAGGGUGCAUCCAGGCACUGGAGGGCUGGCUUCCACGCAAUAUUUACAUCGUGGCCGGUGUCUUUAUUGCCAUCUCCCUGCUACAGAUAUUUGGCAUCUUCCUGGCGAAGACCUUGAUCUCGGACAUUGAGGCAGUGAAGGCAGGCCAUCACUUCUGAGGGACAGAGGUGAGCAAGCAGAGCUGAGCCACGCCGUGGAGGCCAGAGCCCUUCCCCGUUGUCAACUCCGGGUCCAGAGGGAGGAAGUGGAUGCACCCAGCCAGAGCCGGCGCCCUGUCUUCAGCAUCAGCGUGACACGACCUCUCUGCUUCUGUUUGCUGGUGCUGAAGACUGAGGGGCCCCCCCCUCUAACCCACACAAACUUGUGACCAAGACGCUCUCCCCCCGCCACCACUUGGGGUCUACCCAGAGACGGAGCACAUGUCUUUAAGCGGGGCUGGCGACUGAGGGACAGAAGGCUCCUGUGGCUGUGAAGGGGGCCUGACUCAGUUCUCCUGGAGACUGACUGUGUCUGCAGGGCAUCCUGACCGCCCCACUCAUGUUAUCGGUGCCGGCCCGGAGGGCAGCCAUCUGCUGUGAGUGGGACAUGAGUGAGUAGGGGGGCGGGGGGGGUGGACCAGAAGACACGGACAAGGCUUCUCCCAGCAGCAGAAGCGUGCUGCCUGUAAUUGGGGAGGGGAAGGGACACAAGUGGACCGUGCCAGCGGAGCCUGUGGUGUCUGCACGACUCGGGGAUGUUUGCAGGAUCCUCAGCCACGUUCAAGUAAGCCUGAGCCAUGUGUGGACCGGUGCCACGGAGGACCUCCUCUGCCGCCCCUUCCAGGGCAGGAACCGCCCCUCGUCUCAAUAGCAUUAUGCCCAGAUGGCACGGGGGCAUGGGCAGGGUUCUCCUCUGAGAGUCGGCUCUUCUUUUCUUAAAGUGUGUAAAUAGUUUAUUUAUAGGGAUAAGAAUGUUCUCACACCAUUUCUUCAUUUCCUCUGGCAUUCCCUCUAAGCAGCCUUACGCGGUGUCUGGGACUGAAGCCAUCCCUUUCAGUUCCUUUGAGUGUCUCAAGACCCAACCCCAUCAGCUUCUCCUUUUCAUCCCUAAUGACCCAGGUGCACAUGCGCGCUCCCCCUUCCUCCGUGCACCCCCCCAGCACACGUACCCGCGCCCCUCCCCUGCUUGGCCUCACUGUCUUCUGGUCUUGGUGCUACUGAAACUGUCAUCCGGAACUUGAAUCCUGACCUCCCCCCCUCCCCGCUGCGAGGCCAAGGAGCCCCAGCCAGAGAGAGCCGGCCCGGAACCUUUGACCAGGGCAGCUUUCGAGGCCACGUGGUCAGGGCCGCUGGCCGGCCUGGCAUUUGCCUCCCCCUGGAGUGAAUCUAGCCCGGCUCCUGCGUGGAGCCGCAGACCCCAGCCUGCAGCUGUGUAGAAGCUCGGGAUGGUUUUUCCCCUCCCCCCCCCCUAACUUUUGUGAUGACCUCCCCCCACUGUCCCCAAACAGGAUAUCUGUGGUGACCGUGUCUACCCUUCCUGGCAGGGCUACCCUGGGGCUUGCUCUUGGAAAUGAAGUCUGUCUGAUGUACUGAAUGGUUCCCCCCCAGGGACAGCUGGGGCAUUUGUGCGUCUCUGGGCUACUUUCUAACGCUUCUCUGGAUCUCGUGCCCAUUCUGUCCUCAUUGUUCAGGGAUCGAGUGCUACCUUCACUUACUCGCAGAAAUGUACAUGCUAGUGUGGUGUAUCCUGGUGGGUGUUUGUUGAUGAUGUUAUGAUACAGUUUUUUUUGGUUUUUUUUUUUUUUUUUUUUUUUUUUUUUUUUUUUUUUUUUUUUACAGUUUUCUCUGUAGACUAGAGGAAGGAGGAUGCUUGUGUUUUCAGGAAGUGUAAUGCUUUUCUUUGACCGCCAAACUCUUUUAUGGAAUAUAUCUUUGUAUUAA